UACUCUAUGCAGUUUUAUUCGCCGCUAGAUGUUAAACAAUAAAAAUGAGAGAUUUGAAAAAUAUCUUCGAGCUUCGCAGUGUUACAAGUUGCCUGCCUUCGCCCGAGGUCCGUAAUGUUUGCUUUCGGUCGAAUCCUCUUAAGGAACUCUUAUUUACGCGGGACAAGUGGAUCUACCUGCCUGAGCGGAUACACACUCGACGAUGGUUGUAUUUCAUUGUGCAUUUCUCACGAUCAAUCGUUACGACCGUGGUCGAGAAAACGAUUCCUCCUCUUGUUGCUUCUCCAAAGAUCCCGACGGCCAUUGUAACAUUCGUUUUACCGCGCACUGGGAAAAUUUAUACUUACGAGAUGCGACUGCUAAACUUACCGAGGCAACUUAUUGAAGAUGUACAAGUACAUCUCUCUCUUCCUUUUUUUUUUCUUUUCUUUUUUUCUUCUGUUCUUCAACAAACCGUGUUCUCGACAACGGCUUUAUUUUAUCGUACCACCUGAGUGCGGAAGGGUCGGAACACACCGGAAACGUAUUACCCCGCGAAUCCCCCGUACGGAAGAUUCACGGUGAUCGUUGACGGUAAUCUCGCCCGUUCGCGCUGCAAAUCGCCGCGUUACAAAACAGCCUGCGGAUAUAUAUGCCAUGCAUUGAUGUACAAGUAGUUGCAUUACGCACAAACUUAUACGCUCGGAUGCAGAUGACGGUGUUGGAUAGGAGUUCCUUUGAAUGUUUUUUUUUUCCCUGCAAACUUUAGUGUUUUUCCGGCAACAGUCUGCUAAUUGCCGAAAGGACAGUAAAAAACGAAGGGAAAGAGAAGAAAAUUUGGGGAACUGAAUGAACAGGGCAUUCUUAUGCAACAUCUUAGUCACAUUUAUGAUUCUGCUUGCGAACUGGUAUUCUCUUUUUAGUUUUCUAUUGCAUCAUUCUCAGUUGCAUUAUGGUAUGAUAGAAAGUAAAUGCAUUACAUCUCACUGCAAGUGUACUUUUAAAUUUGAUCUUUUGGCUGCUCGAUGCUUCAUUUUCCUUGCUGCGGAUUUUUCCCUUGAAUGUGCCUGUGUGUAUGUGUGCGCUCAGACUCUGAUCCACGCUGGACACCCGAACGCAGGAGGGAAUGCGAUCCGAGGACAGAAAUGCGCUGCGAUGAUGGCAGUUGCGUUCUUCUACGACGAAAAUGCGACAAUAUCUUCGACUGCCUCGAUGGCAGCGAUGAGCGCGGCUGCGGAGUAUGCAUACCUGCCGAAUGGAAGUGUGCCAGUGGCGAAUGCUUGCCGGAAAACCAAAGAUGCGAUGGAAUAACGCAGUGCAGCGACGGAUCCGAUGAGGAUCUAUGUGGUAAUUAUAUGAUAUACAGCUUACGCCCACAAUCGUUCACAAAAAAUGGCCUUUUCACUGCUCUUGCUUGUUAGCCAGUC